UUACGUCCCGUAGCGUUCUCUCUCUCUCUCUCUCUCUCUCUCUCUCUCCUUCACUGUCACUUGUUACAGGUCCCGUAAUUGGAUGACGUCGCGGCCAGUCAUCGGAGUCUCGCGACAUCCCGAGAACCAAUGAGACGCUAGUGGGCGCGUAUAAAGACCCGGAUGCGACACGAGCGCGGGAGAAGCGUUUGCUUUGUUUUGUUUGCUCUCCUGCGUUUGCUGUCGUGUUUUUGCUCUUGUUUAGUUUGAUUUGUUUAUUGUGUGUUUUCUUCACUUGAAACUGUGUUCAUCAUGCCCUACUACUGAUACUGUGAUUAUGGCGUGACUCGACUCUUGAUUUGUCAGAGUUUGUUCAAGUCCUUCUCCGAUACAUAGUGAUGGGACCAGGUUAGUAUGUCACGUGACUUACACCUCGCAACACGUAGAGUAAAGUUGUUUAAACACACUAGUUUAGGAGCGGGUGCCAAUUUAUGUAUUUAUGUUUGUUAGUUAGUGUAGAUAGCGGUGUUCUACACUGAAGAUGUUAUUUUCCUUGCUUUCUUUUGAUUAGUUUAGAAUUUGUUGGGGUUUAGUUAACUUGUUUUGUUUUAUUGAUUUUUUUUGUUUUAGCACCGCUCUCGUCCCUCGCUUUGUUAUCGUUUAUUUUACUUUUGUACAUAAUUUGUAAAUAGGUAUUUGUUUGUUUUGGAUGUAUGUUUGGUUCACUGCUUAUUGUAUCAUUGGUGUUUUGUUACAUUGAAUUAUUUUUCCCUUACUAAAAGCAACUACAAAUUUAGUUCUUCUCUGCCUGUUUCUUUACUACACACAUCACAUCUCCUUAAUAAAUGAGUCCAUUCUUUUAACAGCUUUUUAAUAGUUAAUCUUUUCUCAUGUUACGUCUCCAUAUCCUCUAGACGCCAGGGGGACGUAACAUAAUUGGGGGCUCGUCCCAAAGCGAUGCUGUCUCCUUUGUUAAGGAAUAAGGUGUGUGUGGUUACAGGCAGAAUUUUGUGUGAAUGCAGGUUGAGCAAAUUUGGUCUCGUGGCAUAUGUUGAUGAGUUUUGAUGGCGUUUAACUUGCAGAGCUUUGUUAAUAAUCCCUCAUUAGAGGUGAUUGAGAAGUGCAGAAAAGAUGAGUUGUUAAUUAUAGCUAACCACUUCCAAAUUGCGAUUCCAAAGCAAACUUUAAAAAAGAAAAUUAAAGCUGAAUUGAUUGACUGCUUAAUUGACUCUGGAGUGUUAAGCUUGCCGGUGGUAGACCGAGGGGCAGAUCUUGCGGGCAUGGAGCAGAAUGCUGGGAAGGUAGGUGAAGGUGAGGGCGAGUUAGUCACAGCGGAGGCGGAGGCUACCGUUGGGGCAACUCUUCCACCUUUUGAACCUUUUUCACCAGUCUCUCCCAGGUCAACAGGGGAGGCGCAGUUGAGAGUGCGGAUUGAACGGCUCCGUAUGGAAGCUCGAGAAAGAGCACAAUCCCGCCAAGCAGAACUAGAUCUGCGUCUACAGGUGCGCAAGCUCGAAAUUGAAGCCGAUAAGGAGGUUAAGCUUCGACAGUUGGACAUCGAGGCGGCGAAGGCUGCUGCGGUUUCCUCUGUUCCACAGAACUCUUCAUCGAACUACAAUCUUGAGAUCCGGUACAAGAAGGGUACAGAUAAUGUCGUGGCAGACGCUCUGUCUCGGGUCUAAGGAAGAGUACCUACUGGUAUAGGUUGGUUCUAUCAAACAUGUGUAUGUUUGUUUUUUAAGGGUGGGGGUGUUACGUCCCGUAGCGUUCUCUCUCUCUCUCUCUCUCUCUCUCUCUCUCUC